GGAAGCUAUGGAGGCGGCCAAGAUGGCGUCUCCCAAGAGCGCUCCUAAAGACGCGCAGGUGAUGGCGCAGAUCCUCAAGGACAUGGGCAUCACCGAGUAUGAGCCUCGCGUCAUCAACCAGAUGCUGGAGUUCGCCUACAGAUACGUGACCACGAUCCUGGAGGACGCCAAGAUCUACUCGAGCCACGCCAAGAAGUCGAGCGUGGACGCGGACGACGUGCGCCUGGCGAUCCAGUGCCGCACUGACCAGUCCUUCACAUCGCCCCCGCCCCGGGAUUUCCUGCUGGACAUUGCCCGCCAGAAGAACCAGACGCCGCUGCCGCUGAUCAAGCCGUACUCGGGCCCGCGGCUGCCGCCCGACAGGUACUGCCUGACUGCCCCCAACUACCGCCUCAAAUCCCUGCAGAAGAAGGUCUCCUCCACAGCAGGCAGGAUCACAGUCCCUCGCCUGAGCGUGGGUGCUGUGAGCAGCAGGCCCAGCACUCCCACUUUGGGUACCCCCUCAGCCCAGACUGUGUCGGUGUCAGCCAAGGUGGGAGCGCCGGUGUCGCUGGCAGGGCAGCGCUUCACUGUCCAGAUCCCAUCCUCACAGCCUGCUGGGAAGUCAGCCACUCCCACCACUCCCACGGUGCAGAACGUCCUGAUCAACCCCUCCCUGAUCGGCCCCAAGAACAUCCUGAUCACCACCAACAUGGUCCAGCCCGGCGCCGCCGACCCCAACCCGCUCAAGAGGAAGCACGAGGACGACGACGACUACGAUGCCUUGUGAGGGCCCACAGCCCUUCCUGUGGGAUUUAUGGGAGCCCUUCCUAUGGGAUUUAUGGGAGCCCUCCCCGUGGGAUUUUUGGAACCUUUCCUAUGGCAUUCCUGGGAGCCUUUCCCUUGGAUUUCACACAGACUCCAGAGGGUGGGAAUGGGCAGGAAGGCCCCGUUUGGGCCUUGGGAGUGCAGAAAUAAAGUGGAGAAUGUUUGUAA